CGUCAGACUCGCUGGAGAAAUCAGUUUUCAAAGGAAAAGCCGCUGUCGAAAGAGCAGAGGAAAUGUGUUCAUUUUGUCUUUUUAGAAAGGGUCAUUACCAGCAGUGUUGGUGUGCGAGGAGUAUGUGUGAAUGUGUGCGUUUACGCACCUCCGUGUGGGUGUGUUUUUGAGUGAGAGUGUGUAUCGCUGUGUGUUUUGUGUUUACAGGUCAAUGUGGACGCCGCCCGCCGCCAGUUUCUGAGUUUCUGAGCUCCACGUCUCCGCGCCGAACUCGAGUCUUUUUGGAAAGAGGAAACGGGCGUGUUUCUCCGGCCGCUGUUGCUCAAUCCCUCUCCCCCCCCCGCCCGUGUCCAGGGCAGAACGGACAUUCCUGCGUGCUGAAACCCUUGACGGUAAACCCCAUCCCUGAGGUGGCAUCUGUGCUCCACGUGUUCUGAGCCGACAGUGGGUUUCAGAAGCGUCCCUCUGCGUCGAGAGAGAGAUUCCGGCCAACUGAAGUCCUCCGGGCCUCCGCUUCGUGCAGAAAACAGCCAGGUGUACUAGAGCUACAGACCGUGACUUCAAAUGGCUGAUUCAUAUCGCUACUAGAGGAAAAAGCAGUAAAAUCAUUAAUGACCCGAAAGAGACUGGAGACCGGAGUCCCGCAUCUCGUCAAGACCGCCGCGAUACAGGAGUCCUCUGUCCAGCGGGACAACAAAGGAAGCCCCUCAGCGAUGAUGGAGGACGACUUCAACGCCACGGCGACCCCGUAUCCCGGCAACGGCUCGCUGGGCAACGACACGGAGGGGGACUACUACGAGGACUACGAGGACGAGUUCGCCGAGCUGCGGCGCUCGCUCAACGUCAUGUCGCUCGUGGUCUACAGCCUGGCCUUCCUGCUGGGGGUGCUGGGCAACGGCCUGGUCAUCUGGGUGACCGGCUUCAAGAUGAAGAAGACAGUCAACACGGUGUGGUUCCUCAACCUGGCCGUGGCCGACUUCCUGUUCACCGCCUUCCUGCCGCUGAACGUGGCGUACACCGCCAUGGGCUUCCACUGGCCCUUCGGCCGCUUCCUGUGCAAGGCCAACAGCACGCUGGCCUUCCUCAACAUGUUCGCCAGCGUGUACCUGCUGGCCCUGAUCAGCGCCGACCGCUGCCUGGCCGUGGUGUGGCCGGUGUGGGCGCAGAACCACCGCAGCGUGCGCGGCGCCUGGGCGGUCAGCGGCGCGGCCUGGCUGCUGGCCCUGGCGCUGAGCGCGCCCUACUUCGUGUUCCGGGACACGGCGCCGGCCUACCACGACGAGAGCGUGAUCAACUGCUUCAACAACUUCGCCUUCUCCGACGACUACGAGACGCCGGCCGUGGUGCAGCUGCGGCUCUUCCGCCACCGCGCCAUGAUCGCCGCCCGCUUCCUGCUGGGCUUCGCGCUGCCCUUCGCCGCCAUCGUGGCCUGCUACGCCGUCAUCGUGUGCCGGCUGCGGCGCAACCGGGCCCUGGCGGCGCGCGCCGGACGCACCUUCCGCAUCAUCGCGGCGGUGGUGGCGGCCUUCUUCCUGUGCUGGGCGCCCUACCACGUCUUCGUGCUGCUGGAGAUGUGCAACCACAUGGCGGCCGAGUUCAGCCCCGCCCUCAACCACGCCACCACCAUCGGCGUGCCCAUCGCCACCAGCCUGGCCUUCCUCAACAGCUGCCUCAACCCCCUGCUCUACGUCUUCGUGGGCCAGGACUUUCAGGACAAGGUGCGGCGCUCCGUGCUGUCCGUGCUGGAGAGCGCGCUCACGGAGGAGGCCUCCCACUCCCACUCCCACUCGCUCUCCGCCUUCGGCCAGCGCAGCAGGGACAAGUCCACCUCCGGCGCCGAGCUGUGAGCCGGG